CCCCCGCCAGUGAGCGAGUGGGAGGCGGCAGCGGGCGCGCAAAAGCAGGUGGAACUCGGAGCCGCCGCUCCAAAGCGCCGACUUCCGAAGCGGGAGAGGACAGCGCAGAGCGCGCCCGGCUCCAGGCUCGCCAGCCCAGCCGCUCGUCGCGCAACGCAGCGGGCUGCCCUCGCUGCCCUCCCCGCCUGCGAGAGGCGCUUAUGUAAAAGGACCAGAGGCAAUUAAAGAGCAGGGCGGGCAGCUCCGAGGACGCCGAAGAGGUUGGGUGCCGCCGCCGCCAAGCCAGAGGCUGCUUUGCGCGCGCCGCCGCCACAGCUCGGAAGCUCCUCCACAUACAGCCCGCGAGGGAGCUGAGGAGAAAGCUCUCCCCGGGGCGGCCGUAUGUGCGAAGUCGGGACGCGCCCUCCGCUCCCCGCCGGCGACCGAGGCGGCGGAGAGACUCCCCCGGCCAGCGCGCUGUCGCCGCCGGGCUGCGUGGCCGGCGACAAGUGCCGAGAGAUGGGAGAGCAGCCCAUCUUCACCACCAGAGCGCAUGUGUUCCAAAUUGACCACACCACCAAGAAGAACUGGGUACCUGCAAGCAAGCAGGCUGUAACUGUUUCCUACUUCUAUGACAGCACAAGAAACAGCUAUCGGAUAAUCAGUGUGGAUGGCACCAAGGUGAUUAUAAAUAGCACAAUCACACCUAAUAUGACCUUCACUAAAACAUCACAGAAGUUUGGCCAGUGGGCUGAUAGCCGAGCAAACACUGUGUUUGGCCUGGGGUUUUCUUCUGAACAGCAGCUAACAAAGUUUGCCGAGAAAUUUCAAGAGGUGAAAGAAGCUGCCAGACUGGCAAGAGACCGGUCUCAAGAAAAAACAGAGACUUCUAGCAAUCAUUCCCAAGAAUCAGGCCGUGAAACUCCGUGUUCUACUCGGGCGUCCAGCGUCAAUGGGACGGACGAUGAGAAGGCAUCACAUGGUGGUCCCUCAGAUGCACAACUGAAAACAGAGAAUGACAAACUGAAACUUGCCUUAGCCCAGAGCUCCUCCAAUGUAAAGAAAUGGGAAACAGAACUCCACAGUCUUAGGGAGAGCAAUGCCAGACUGACUUCUGCGCUCCAAGAAUCUGCAGCCAGCAUAGAACACUGGAAGAAGCAGUUUUCCAUCUGCAAAGAUGAGAACGAUCAACUUAGGAGCAAGAUUGACGAACUGGAAGAGCAGUGCAAUGAAAUAGAUAAGGAGAGAGAACGAAAUGCGCAGCUGAGCAGGCGCCUCCAGGAAUUGGAAGCAGAGCUGCAAGACAAGGAGCUGGAAAUAGAGGAUCUUCGGAAACAGGGUGAAAUCAUACCAGAGUUGAUGACAGAAUGUGAAACAGUAUCUGAGAAAUUGCAGGCUGCUGAGAAAAGGAAUAAAGACCUGGAAGAGAAAGUCAGAGCUCUAAGGACAGAGGUGGAAGAGAGCAAACACAGACAAAACAACCUUAAGACUGAGUUACAGACUUUUUUAGACGUACUAGAUGGAAAGAUUGAUGAAUUGCAUGACUUCCGGCAAGGACUAUCUAAACUGGGAGUUGAUAACUAGGGAAUAGCAACAUAUAUCUUUUUGUAAACUAACAUUUGGUGGGUGUGCAUUUUAAUCCUAAAUGUCUCUUCCACACAAAAAAUAACCAGAGUAUUCUUCUUGUUUGCAAUGUGAUUUGUACAUAGAAUUUAAAGAUUUAAUGGUUCUCUCCCCCACUACCCAUUCUUCCUUUUCUUUCUUUCUUUC